CACAACGUGUCUCGAGCUGAGCGAGCGCUGUCCGCUAGUCGCGCGCCUGCCUCCCUCUCCUCGCGACUAUGCCGCUUCGUGCGCCGCCCCGCGGUCCGGCCUCGCGCCCCGCGUCUCUGACCCGCGGGCUGUCCGGUCUGCGGGACUUUCGGACCCGCGGCAGGGUGAUGCUGGCGCUGGGGGUCUGUCAGAUGGUACUGGGGAGCCUCAUCGUGGCAGUGAGCUUCGCGGCGCUCGCGCUCACCACUUCGCCGCGGGUGCGGCACUCGUGCCCUUUCUGGGCCGGAUUCUCCGUGCUGCUGUCGGGGCUGAUUGGAGUGGUCUCCUGGAAGAGGCCGCUGUCCUUGGUGAUCACCUUCUUCAUGCUGCUAUCUGCUGUGUGUGUGAUGCUCAACCUAGCUGGGUCCAUCCUGUCCUGCCAGAACGCCCAGCUGGUCAACUCCCUGGAAGCCUGUCAGUUGAUUAAGUUUGACAGUGAUGGGGUGUGUGAGUGCUGCGAGCUGCAGCACCAGAGCUCUGGCUGUAACAACCUGGGAGAGACACUGAAGCUGAACCCCUUGAGGGACUGCGACACCAUCCGUCUGCACCUCAAGGAGCUGCUUUUCAGUGUGUGCGCCCUGAAUGUGGUCUCCACAAUCGUCUGCGCACUGGCCACUGCCAUGUGCUGCAUGCAGAUGGUGUCCACCGACAUACUGCAGAUGUUCAUGCCUCACAGGUCACGUGCCCUGAGCGCUGACUGCAUGACCCCCCAUGGCACCAUCCUGCAUCAGACUCUGGAUUUUGAUGAGUUCAUCCCUCCUAUCCCCCCGCCGCCUUACUACCCCCCAGAAUACACCUGCAGCCCCGUGAUGGAGGCCCAGAGGGGGCUGCACCUGGACUUCCCCCACUCUCCGUUCAGUGCCAUCUACGGAGUGCCCAUCAACAGUCCUAACACACUGUACCCGUCGGAGCUGCCCCCACCUUACGAGGCAGUGGUAGGACAAAUGCCUGCUAGCCAGGUCACUACCAGUCUGGACCCUCAGGCCACUGAGUCCAGCCUCUGUGAAAGAAACACUACAGCUGGCUUCAGCACCCAGGCCUCAGUGGACAGUGCCUCCCUCAUGGUGUCUGAGGUGGCUGACCUUCCGGACCGCAGCUGCUCCUCGGAGGACCUGUGUUCCCUGGAGGUGCAGGGCUCCCUGCAUUCCACCUCAGAUCUGUCCCCCUAUGGUACGCUGACCACCGCCCCCACAGAUGGCAGCUGCACUAGCCUAGAGCAUAGCGCCCCCUGCUGGCUACGCCACCAUGGUCCCAGUGAGUCCUCCCACACACAGGAGCACUCACCAGACUGGUCCUCAGAGAACAUCAGCACUCUGGAGAGGGAAGAAAGCACUGGAAGCAGCCCUGUGCCCUGCAGAGGGAAAUCCAGAAGGGGGCUUGCUCUUCCCCCCCCUCCUCAACCUCCUCCUCACCACUCCACCUCUGCAGCCCAAGCCAUAGCACCCCCAGCCCCUAGCCCACCCCCCUGCCCUAACCCCUCUCCACCGUGCCGACUGCGCGGACACAGGCUCUGCUUCAGCGUGUGGUCCCCCUCGGUAUCUUCCUCAGCCUCCUCGGCCUCACAGCCCCCCACCACCUCCACAGCUACUAGCUCCUACCCCUGUGAGCAGCGUCGUCCAGUUCGUUCCAACAGGAGGUACCGGAAGCUGACGCGAAUCGUGCGGUCCACCAGUGACCCCAUCUCGUGUACCUCUGUUUCUGGAGCAGACAGAUGUGGCUCUGCCUCCUACAGCCUCCCACCUGCUGAGGACACCCUGCAUACCUCACCUGAGCCAGCUGCGUGUUCAGAACACACAUCUGCAUUGGCAUUUUACCAGAGUCCAGCCACACACAGUAUCACCGCUGGCAAGAAGCGUAAAGAAGGAGGGAAGGUGGACAUUCGGCUCCUCCCACAGGCACUUCACACCGCCUCCAGUGACCACCAGACUUCAUUAGCUGACCUCAAGACCUACAAGGACACCAAAAUCCUGGUGGCCAGGUUCUUGGAGCACUCCAGCAGCUGUCUACCUCCAGAGGUCCAACAAGUGGUCAACAGCAUCAAGUUUGUCAUCAAGUCUGAUGAGAAGCAUAUGGAGGAGGCCAUAUUUAGUGCCAAUAUCAUUGAUCAGGUGAUGAUGCACUCCCAGCAUGGUGUAGGCAGCCCCAGAAAGCGCCCCUAUGAGGAGCUGCAUCUCCAGAGCUGUGGUGCCCUGAGCUCUUCUCUACGACAACCCCGAAACCCCCAACCUGCAGAAUCCUUGGGGUCGUCACUGCCCGAGCGCCCUCACAGCCCUGUUAGUGCAUGCCGAGAGACCAUCCUCUGACUGCCGCCAUGCAGUGCCAAGACUUAAACCCUUCGCUUGCUGGAGAGAAGGUGACGUGCGCACAAGGCCGUCUGGGAGAAAUAAUGCACAACCAGAGUGCUUCUCUUGCCGUCUUUAUUUUGUCUAAAUCAAACUGAUGAUAAAUGUGAAGAACAGACUAAGCCAAGACAACAGGGAUAUCUUAAAAAAAAUCUUUUCAUUUCUAUCUUAAGUUAAAUGAAACUGUGAAUCA